GUCUGACCUAUAAAUGAUCACAGAGAAACCAAGUGAGCGUAAGUGGGACUAUACACGUACGCUCUAAAAACAACCAACGCACUGCCAUAGCAACCUCAAACAUAACACACAAUAUAGCCUUACUUAAUAUAUUUGUAUAGAAACCUUACCAUAUCAUUCAUGAACGUAUCACCCGCGAUCAAAUCGCGUGUACCACCCUUAACACACACACCCACACCCAAACGCUCAACAUCCAAACACACACCCACACCCAAACACUCAACAUCCAAACACACACUCACAAUGCCGGCACCGGUAUCCAAAGACCAUCUACUGACACUUAAAGUCAUGCGAUUGUCACGAUCGACAUUUCAUCAAUCGGCACCAAUCAACGCCGAGAAAGAUGACCUCAUAUACACCGCAACACAGGACUUGAUGGAUCAGGAGAGAACGCACGAUGCACUGAGUGACAGGCUUGUACUGCCUCAGAAUUUUGGACGCAAGUAUACAAGCAAAUAA